UGCCCCCCGCGCCCGCCCCGCGCGCCCCGCCUGGGCAGCCGGCGGCGCCCCCACCUCCCUCCCCCCGGGCCGGGGAGCCGGGGGCCGCGCCGGAGCCCGGGGGGAGCGCGGCCCCGCCGGCCGGCCAGCAGGACGGGGAGCAGCUAGCGACGGCUCCGGCCCAGGUGGAGGCCGCAGAAGGCCCAGAGCCAGCAAGGGCAGCAAUGAUUGGUCCUGACGGUGGCUGAGCCCCCAGCCCCUGGAAUAUGCAGCCCGGGGGGGCCCCAGGCAGCGGCGAGGACAGGGCGGCGGAGCGGGGCGGGAGGCAUGGUCUCCACCUACCGGGUGGCCGUGCUGGGGGCGCGAGGCGUGGGCAAGAGUGCCAUCGUGCGCCAGUUCCUGUACAACGAGUUCAGCGAGGUCUGCGUGCCCACCACCGCCCGCCGCCUCUACCUGCCCGCCGUCGUCAUGAACGGCCACGUGCACGACCUCCAGAUCCUCGACUUCCCACCCAUCAGCGCCUUCCCUGUCAACACGCUGCAGGAGUGGGCAGAUGCCUGCUGCAGGGGACUCCGAAGCGUCCACGCCUACAUCCUGGUGUACGACAUCUGCUGCUUUGACAGCUUCGAGUACGUCAAGACCAUCCGCCAGCAGAUCCUAGAGACCAGGGUGAUCGGCACCUCCGAGACGCCCAUCAUCAUCGUGGGUAACAAGCGGGACCUGCAGCGCGGACGCGUGAUCCCGCGCUGGAACGUGUCCCACCUGGUGCGCAAGACGUGGAAGUGCGGCUACGUGGAGUGCUCGGCCAAGUACAACUGGCACAUCCUGCUGCUCUUCAGCGAGCUGCUCAAGAGCGUCGGCUGCGCCCGCUGCAAGCACGUGCACGCGGCCCUGCGCUUCCAGGGCGCGCUGCGCCGCAACCGCUGCGCCAUCAUGUGACCCGCCCCGGCCACCCCACCCCCCACCCAAGCCGGAGGGGCGCGUGCGCCCCCUCACCGCCCCCGGGCAGCCGCACGCCGCCUGGAGAAGGGCCGAGGCCACGGGAAAGCCGCGCCCCGCCCGGGCCCCACAGCAGCCUGCGGGGAUUGGCAGUGGGCGAGGGUGCUGCCCGGCCCCCGCCCCCACCCCCGUGCGUCUGCCCCGGAGAGUGUCUCACCGCCCCGCGUCCGCCCCCCGCGUCUGUGGGUCUCAGCCCUCGCGCCCUCUCCGGCCCGCCCCGCCCCAGCUCCGCUCUCAUAGGGCUCAUUUCCUCCUCCCCAGGCCCGGCGCAGAUCCUGGCCGCUUCGGGAGCGCCCCCUCCUGGCCUCGGUACCACCACGGCACAGGGCAGAGAGAGGCGGGGGUUCAAGGACUACCACCCGGCCCCGAGGGUCGAGGUCCCUGAUCCGCCAGGGGGAGAAAGCUGAGCGCCCCCUCGUUUUCAGGGAGACCUCCCCUGCCCGGCAGCCCCCAGAGACACAACAACCUACCUUCCAGCCUUAACUCGGUGGUUCGUCCCUGCCGGUUGCCCCCCACUCCCAAAAGCCAGGUCACCCCUGGGGACCCCCCACCCCAGGAGCAGAGGGACUCUCCCAAAGGAUUGGUGUACCCCGCACACACGAACCCAGUUUCCAGCCCCUUAUUCUCUCCUGCAUUGAGUAAUCGGCCAGAUCAGGGGGCUGUUGGGUUUGGGGAACAGAUGGCAGGGUUGUCUUAGGAAUAAUUGUCCCCCCAUCAGUCUGACAGCCCCAGGACCUGCCUGAAUCUCAGGUAACCUGGGAGGGGAGGUAGAGCAGGAAGAGAACAUGGGGCUCCCUGUGUUUGGGGGGACAGCCCGCAGCCCCACCCCUUGAUGGAGGCGCUCAGGAUCUGAUGCCCAGCCCCCCAGCCCCCAGUCCCGACCCACUCCGCCCCACAUUCUCCGGCUGCCCCACUGGCCGGUCUCUACCUCUCGUCACCGGAGCUGAUCACUGUCAGUUUUGUACGAUUUAGAAAUAACAAACGUAACGAAGCUACUAAGAGUGGCCUGAGGAGUUACUGGGGGGGCUUAGAAGGCAGCAGACAUGGUAUGUGUCCCCUCCUGCCUCCUGCCCUGGGCUGCGGAGAGGAUGACCAGGUCCCUUGUUAGAAGUGGGCACCUGAGAACACCCCCACUUCUCGGAUUCCAGGCCAGGAAACAGGUAGCCCUGAGCACAGAGGCUGGGGGGGAGGGUCCUGUCCAGCUGCCCUCCCCGCAGAGGGCACCCUUGUUCUACUUCUGCUCCCCCACGGUCAGCCCCUGCACCAGCGGCGGAGCCCUGUGGUGAUGAGGUCCACUCGUCCCGGGUUCUAGUCCCCGCUGUGCCCUGUGACUCUGGGCAAGUGGCCUGCCCUCUCUGAGCCCCUCUGAAACAGAGGCAGCGGCUCCCCUUCCCCACACUGAAGUGGCUGGGAGGGUCCGAGAGAGGGCCUGUAUCCCCUGUGCCACUACCCACAGGUCUUUGGGGGUGGGUGGGGUGAGGGCAGCGUCUUCCCCCACCCCAACACUGUGACCCCCCAGUUCUGAGGCACACCGGAGGUAGGGGUGCAGGCCCCAGGCCUCUGGCCGCCCGUCUGGGGGCCAUUGGAAUGUAUUGCCUGGCCAGCCCUCCACACCCGCCCUGGCUUUGAUUUGGAGUCCCUCCCCGCCCCACCCCCAGUCUCUGUCCUUUCUGAACCCGCUCCUGUCCCCACCACAGGGUCUGGAAGUGCGCGUGACGCCCGUCGCCUGUGACCAGAAGUCAGAUUAAAAAUCAGGGAGUGUUUUCCCUCGUUUCUGUA